AUGAACGAGGUGUCCCAAGAAGGUCAUCAUCCUUUGAUGCGAUCCAAGCAUCGUGGAAAUAGAGGAGUUCUACUUCCUGUCGACGCACAGGGCCACACUGGUGCUCCUGACUUUCGCAAUACUGCCGACGACAUUGCACGAAUGGAUCCAGCCAAGUGCAACAUUUUUACUUUAUGGGAGAAGCCGAGCUCGCUGUCAGAGCAGCCCUUAUUUCAGCGAUUAGUCAUCGAAGCAUGGCGCCGGCACUCCCAUGAUCUGUGCAACGACCCGUUCCUCAUCACCGAUGACAAUGUGCGGCAAGUCAUUCCAGACAUCCCCGAGGAGUACUUCAAGUUGCCAUACCCUGCCGCGAAGUCGGACUUCAUUCGAUAUGCAGUUCUGUACCACAACGGCGGCAUUUAUGUUGAUUUCGACAUGCUUACCGUGCGAGACAUCGACGAAAUUGUGGAGAAAGUUCAGCGACUGGACUUGGUGUCUUACAGUGACGGCUACGGCCCCGAGCAUGAGUCUUGCGGAGGACGGGUUCACGGGCUUUGGAUCACAGUCUCACCAUAA